AUGGGACGAAGCUUGAGCCCAGUACUGCGCCAGGAGCUUGAGAAUCUUGACAAGGACGCUAAUAGCCGAAAAUCAGCCAUGAAAGCUUUGAAAUCGUACGUGAAGGACUUAGAUUCAAAGGCAAUACCUAUCUUUCUUGAACAUGUAUCUGAAACAAAGCAAACCGGUAUAUCAUCCGGGGAGCACACAAUUUCACUGUACGAGGUUCUUGCUCGAGUUCACGGACCGAAAAUUGUCCCUCAAAUAGAUAACAUCAUGAACACGAUCGUCAAGACCUUAUCCUCGAGUGCAGGAGCUUUUGCUCUUCAUCAGGCUUGUUCAAAAGUGGUUCCAGCUAUAGCUCGGUAUGCAAUUGAACCAACAACAGCAGAGGAUAAGAAGAGACAUAUUAUUCACUCUCUGUGCAAGCCUCUCUCAGAUUCUCUUCUGGGUAGCCAUGAAAACCUCUCUUCCGGGGCUGCCCUUUGUUUACAGGCGCUGGUUGAAUCGGAUAAUUGGCGGUUUUCUUCGAAUGAAAUGAUCAAUGAGGUAUGUCAAAGGGUUGCAGGGGCUUUAGAGAAGCAUUCACAAACCAAUUCUCAUAUGGCAUUAGUGACAGCUUUAGCUAAACACAAUAGCUUAAUUGUUGAAGCCUAUGCUCGACUGUUGGUACAGUCUGGACUUCAGAUUCUGAAUGCUGGUUUUGCAGAGGCAAAUUCUCAAAAACAGCUGUCAGCCAUUCAUAUGGUGAGUUCAUUAAUGAGAUGUUUGGACCCGAAAAGUCUGUUAUCCGAACUGGAUUUGGUAAUUAAGGAAAUGGAGAAGUGUCAGUCUGAUCGAAUGCCAUUUGUUACUGGGGCUGCUUUUGAAGCGCUACAAAUUGCAAAGAAAAUAUGUGCUGGGAGAAAGAAUGUUUGUAGUUCUGGGGACCAAUCGCCUUAUUUUGCUGCAUCACCCGAGUCGCAAACUGUCGAUUCGUUUAUGAGGAAUGAUUAUUUUAUUGAGUCGGCCAAGUCGACGAAUCAUGGCCGUCGAGUCGAUUAUGAUUGUAAAAAUGUGAACCGUAGACUUUGGCAAAGGUCUGGCAAUGGAAUCAUGGACGUGUCUCUCAAAGACGGCAUAUUCUCAAAUAUAGCUCAAGGAAAUGAUAAAACGAGCUCUGAGUGUGAUGGCCUUUCUCAAAAUUACGGAGAUUAUGCUGAUGAUAACUUUUCGGGUUUUCUUCUGGGGAAUGCUGAAAAUGGAGAUGUUAGAAGCAGUACUCCGAGUCCACAGCGGUUAAGCUCUCACAUAAACGUUGAUGACGUGAAGAUCUUCACUACCCCAAGAAAACUCAUUCGCUCACUUCAGGAUCUAGAAGAUUCUGAUUCAACUUUCUCCAAAGGGCAAGACUUGAGGUUCAGAAGGACUCUUGCAUCACUGCAUGAACAAAAUGGUCCUUUUCGGGACAUAAACCGUGUGAAUGGUGGAGACAGAUUUUUUCCUCAAAAUAAACUCCAUAGCCGUUCGGAAUCAGUUUCUUCUACAGAAAAUGUGUCUGGAGAUAAGAAUCUAAUAUCAGCUACUGAAGUAGUUCCAGUAAAUAAAGCUCGAUCGGAAAGAGUCCACACUCGCAUGAUCUCAGCCCGCAACAUUAUUGUUUAUGUUCUUUUUGCAGUUCUAUCAGCACUACUUUUGUGUUUGCUGCUAAUAGGUGAUCAAGAUAAUCGAGACAUUCUUGUCCCGACUUAG